AUGUAUCCUCUCGAAAAAUUUACAAUCGAUCACAACUAUAAAUCAGAAUACGACGUACUAAUAAAAGUCGGCGAAUUACCCAACGAAAUAAGAUUUUUCCAAGCACACUCGCACAUCUUACGCAAAAGUUCUGCAUACUUCAAUGUAGCAUUAUCAAGUACUUGGGCCAAGAGAAACGAGCAAGUGUAUAUAUUUAACAAAGAGAACAUCUCAGCCAAAGUCUUCAGUAUAAUUCUCGGGUAUAUAUACAGUAAGACCAUUGAUCUUGUGAAUCUGGGACCACAAUUGACUUUGGAUUUGCUGAUUGCCGCGGAUGAACUUAUAUUUGAGGAUAUCUUGGAGCUAGUGCAAACUUAUCUGGUGUCAAUAAAGCCAAAUUGGAUAAAGGGGCAUUUGAUUAUGAUUUUAAAUACUGUUGCGCCACGUAUAACCACCUGUCAGAAACUGUUUGAUUAUUGUUUGGAUUAUAUAAUUGCUUGUAGUCCCGAAAUCUUAUUUAAUCCAUCGAAUCUUUCGAAACUUGACGAAGCGGCGCUCAUCAUAAUUCUAAAAAGCGACAACCUGCCGAUGAAAGAAAUCGAUAUCUGGAACCACUUGAUCAAUUGGGCAAAAUCAAAAGCAAUAGAUAAUGAUCACGAAAGCGCGGAAAAACUAUUAUUAAAAAACACUAUUGCACCAUUUUUCUUGUUGAUAAGGUUCAAUCAUAUUAGCAUCAACGAAUUCAUCGCCAAGGUUCUGCCGUAUAUUAAAUUUCUGCCGGAAAAUUUUGCUCGAGACUUUAUUCUUUUUCAUUUUGAAGGCACAUCACCAACCACAUUUUCUCUUUUGCCACCACGACUUCCACAAAUACGAAUAGACUCAAGCAUCAUAAAACCAAAACAGGCAAUACUGUUAUCAUCAUGGAUAGGCGGAAAAUCCGACAUCGAAGGACCAGUUGCAUAUUCUUUUCGAAAACUGUAUCACGCAAGUCAAGAUGGACUCUCUAAUAAACAAUUUCAUCGUAAAUGCGAUAAAGCCGGUCCAACAAUAGUAGUUCUGAAGACAUCUAAUGAUGGAUUUCUGUUUUCGUUUAAUAAUAGCACAAAUCUUGAUGAUGAAAGUGAAGACGCGAAAAUCAGUAAAAUACGUGAAAAUUUUAUCCAACUAGGUAUUUAUGAUCAUCCCGGUGAUGGAAUUUGUUUUGGGAGUGGUCCCGAUUUAUGGAUAAAUCUUAACGUUAAUAGUCAUAAUAAACAGUAUGGACAAUGUGUGCAACGUGCUUAUAGUUUUGGAGUUAAAGAACAGCAGGGGCGCUUUUAUUGGGAUGAUUUAGAAGUGUUUGAGGUUCUGGAUAAUCAAUCUGGUGGAAAUCUUGUGAUCUCCUAA